GAGAGAGAUCUAGGGUUUCGAGGAGAGAGAGAGAGAGAGAGAGGGCGGCGGUAAUGGCGAAGUCGCUGAAGUGGAUCUCUCUGGUGGUUUUGGGAGUCCUGGUGGUUUUGGCUGGCGGUUUUGGGUUCAUUGCUAGGGAUAGAGUCUCGUUCUUGAGCAAUGGAGUUGGAUUGAGGAGGAGCCUUAAAGAAUCCGAAGCUUCCCCAAUGGCGGCAGAGCAAAGGACCGGACGAGAGCCAGUAGUGGGCGCUGUCGACGAUCCGGAAUUGGUUGCAUCCGAAGUCCAUGCCACAAUUAACAACCACACAGCCCGCCGUUCCCUCGGCUACCUCUCCUGCGGAACCGGCAACCCCAUUGACGACUGCUGGCGCUGCGAUCCGAAAUGGCAUGUCACCGACCCUGGCGACGAUGACCCUGUCAACCCGAAAGCAGGUACCCUCCGCCAUGCUGUCGUCCAGGACGAGCCCCUCUGGAUCAUCUUCAAGCGUGACAUGGUCAUCACUCUCAAGCAAGAACUCAUCAUGAACAGCUUCAAAACCAUCGAUGGUCGUGGAGCCAACGUCCACAUUGCCAACGGAGCUUGCAUCACCGUCCAGUUCGUCACUAACAUCAUCAUCCAUGGAUUGCAUAUCCAUGAUUGUAAGCCCACUGGAAAUGCUAUGGUGAGGAGCUCGCCUUCGCAUUAUGGAUGGAGGACGAUGGCUGAUGGAGAUGGGGUUUCUAUAUUUGGAUCGAGUCACAUUUGGGUUGAUCAUUGCUCGCUUUCAAACUGUGCCGAUGGGCUUGUGGAUGCCGUUAUAGGAUCUACUGCUAUUACCAUUUCGAACAAUUACUUUACUCACCACAAUGAGGUGAUGCUUUUGGGUCACAGUGAUUCUUAUGAGAGGGAUAAGGCGAUGCAGGUGACAAUUGCGUUUAAUCAUUUUGGUGAAGGCCUGAUUCAGAGAAUGCCAAGAUGCCGCCAUGGAUAUUUCCAUGUUGUUAACAAUGACUAUACACACUGGGAGAUGUAUGCAAUUGGUGGUAGCGCUGACCCAACUAUCAAUAGCCAGGGUAAUCGAUAUCUUGCUCCAGUGAAUCCUUAUGCCAAAGAGGUAACGAAAAGGGUGGACACCGAAGGAAAUGUAUGGAAGAGCUGGAACUGGAGAUCCGAAGGUGACCUCCUCCUCAAUGGCGCGUACUUCACCCCAUCAGGAGCUGGUGCCUCUGCAAGCUACUCCAGAGCCUCCAGCCUCGGCGCUAAAUCCUCUUCCAUGGUGGGCUCCAUCACCUCCGGCGCCGGAGUCCUUGGCUGUCGUAGAGGCAGCCAAUGCUAGCACUAAACGAAAGAAGAUCAGACAAAUUUUCUUUUCUUUUUUUUUCUUUUUUUUUUGCAUCUGUGUUCAGUUAUCAUCAUCAGCUUUCUCAACCUCCCACUGCCUUCCGUUGUAACUCUGUUUAUGGAGCAGUCGUGGUAGCGUUGCUGAUUCGAGUCGCUCUGUUCUUUCUUGUUCUAGUGCAUCGAUCCUCAUCCUAUCCUAGUAGUGAUUGGAUUUUGGAUCUCUUUUUACUCUAAUUUGGAAUACAUGCAUUGUAUUGGUAUCAAUUGGGUAUGGUUGUUUUCAGUAAAAGAAACAGAUGUAUGUCCCAGCUUGGCCUAAUGGCUUUCUUUACUCUUUUAGUCCUUGUGCUC